AUGCCUGCAACCAGCGAUAAGCGGGAAAAGGCUCGAGAAGUUGUUGAUAUUCUCGAAGAAAUAUCAAUUCUCUUGAAUACACAGCUCGAUCGGACACAGCUGUCGCUUUGUGUUUCCCUCGUCGAGAACGGGGUCAACCCAGAGGCUUUAGCGACCGCCAUCAAAGGACUACGACAAGAAACCCAGGAUUUACAACCAGAGUCUGGACUAUCUGAAUGA